AUGAGCGCGUCAGAAGAGGCAGAGAAGUACUUGAGCCGAUUGUCGGCGCUGACGAUCGAAUGGAUCAAGAGAGGAGAACAGUCGGACAGUCUGGUCAGUCGAUGGGCGUCCAGCUCACAAUUGCGCGACAAUGUGACUCUUGACCUCUCCGAAGAAGCUCAAUCUGAAGAUGCGCUGUUCGACAAUAUGCGAAGCAUCCUCGACAACAGCAUCAACCCCUACACUGGAAGAUUUUUGGACAAGCUAUACUCCGCUCCUAGACCAAUAGGCUUAGCAGCUGAAAAUUUGCUCUCGACUCUGAAUGCUAACGGGCACGUCAUGUCCGCAUCUCCCAUGCUUUGCCUGGCCGAAGAGACGUGCGUUGCAGGUCUAGCAAAGCUCUGCGGCUGGAAUGCGGAAGAAGCGGACGGACUCACCAUGCCUGGAGGCUCUUCCUCCAACACUUUGGCUAUGCAAACAGCGUUACAGAACAGGUUUCCAGCUUUCAGAAAGCAAGGGAUGCUGGGCAUCAUGAAGGACUUGAUGCGCGAAGGAACGGAGAUCAAUGCUUGUCGACCUUUGCUCUUCACCUCUGCUCAGUCCCACUACUCGCUUGACAAAGCUGCGAUGGGAUGUGGGCUGGGGUUGGAAAGCGUGGUCAAGGUGCCCUGUGAUGCUCAGGGCAGGAUGGAUGUAGCAGCACUGGAAAGGCUCAUUAUUGCAGCGAAAGACGGUGAUGCUGCACCACCAGAGCGUAGGGGUGUCCCCUUCUUCGUCAACGCUACCUCGGGCAGUACCGUAUUGGGGUCAUUCGACAACUUGCAAGCCAUCUCUGAGGUCUGCCAAAGGUACCGGCUUUGGCUUCAUGUCGAUGGAAGCUGGGGAGGUCCCGUUCUCUUCUCUGAAAAAUGGGCCAAGUUGAUGAGUGGGAUCGACAAGUGCGAUUCGCUCGCGAUCAAUCCUCACAAGGUCUUGAACGCACCAUUGCAGUGUAGCUUUGCAGUGUUCAAAAGAGGGUCAUCCCUCGAGGCAAAUUCGCUCGACGCUGGUUACCUGUUCCACACCGAUUCGCAAGUAGGGAUAGAGUCCACCUCUCGAUCGCGUCAUUUGGCUCGUCGAGAAAAUCCAGGUGCCUUGGCGUAUGGCUGUGGGAGGAGGGGGGAUGCGCUCAAACUGUACUUGCUUUGGAACAGGUACGGUCGAAGAGGGCUGGGCGAGCAUGUGGAUAGAGGUUUCGAGCUGGCUCAAAGAGUCGCCGAUCUGACUUCUUCGGAAAAGUACAAGCACACAUUGGAAUCGGGCCCCAGGCCCGAUCCGCUUUUCCUGCAGGUCUGCUUCAGACCUACCACAUCUCUAGAAGAAUUUCGCCGUCUGCGAAAGGAUGAACAAAUCGAGGCGCUUUCGAAGUGCACGCGACAUGUUCAUGCAACUUUGCGCCAGAGAAGAAGGUUUGCGGUAGACUUUGCUCCACUGCCUGGAGAAAUCGGCGAGUUCAUUAGGCUCGUCGUACACCCCCAGACGAGCUUCACAGACCUCGCGGACCUCGUGCAGGACAUUGCUAUCAUCGGUGCAGAGUACUUCCGCACCACCUUUGGCUAA